CCCGGUCUAGGCGUAGGCGGAAGUGGAGCCGCCCGGAGACGUCCGUGUCCCAGGAGUGCUUCAGCCGAGUCGAGCCUCGGCCCAUGGCCGCCUACCCGUACCGCCCGGGCCCCGGGGCUGGCCCUUCCGCGGGCGCCGCGCUGCCGGACCAGAGCUUCCUGUGGAACGUCUUCCAGAGGGUUGACAAAGACAGGAGCGGUGUGAUAUCGGACAACGAGCUCCAACAAGCACUAUCCAAUGGCACCUGGACUCCGUUUAAUCCAGUGACUGUCCGGUCAAUCAUAUCCAUGUUUGACAGAGAGAACAAGGCCGGCGUGAACUUCAGCGAGUUCACUGGCGUCUGGAAGUACAUCACGGACUGGCAGAACGUCUUCCGCACCUACGACAGGGACAACUCGGGCAUGAUCGACAAGAACGAGCUCAAGCAAGCCCUCUCAGGUUUUGGGUACCGGCUCUCUGACCAGUUUCACGACACCCUCAUUCGGAAGUUCGACAGACAAGGACGGGGGCAGAUCGCCUUUGACGACUUCAUCCAGGGCUGCAUCGUCUUGCAGGUACCGGCUGCGCGGGGCCCGCAGGCGCCGACUGCGGGAAGGGACGGGACGGCGAAGCAGAGGUUGACAGAUAUAUUCAGACGCUAUGACACGGACCAGGACGGCUGGAUUCAGGUGUCGUAUGAGCAGUAUCUUUCCAUGGUCUUCAGCAUCGUAUGACACUCGUCUCCUGCGGAUACUGACGGGACUUACGGAAGAAAAGACUGAAAAUGCCAAAUCUCUUACCUGUAAUGAAAUGGUACACAGAUGAGUUAGAUACUGUUCCUCCUUUAAAUUUUGUAUGAUUACCAUUUGGGGACCCAACUGUACAUAUGUGGAUAAGCUGGUUAAUGUUUUGCAAUUGUAACAGUAGUUAUAUCGUUACUUAGAUACAUACAUUUGAUUUGAGGCUGUUUAAUUGUGCCAUGAGGUACGAUACAAUAAUGUUACAGGUACUCAGCUUGCAAAAAACUCAUCAUGUGCUUUUCUAGAUAGCUCCAGUUCUAGAGUGGAAAUACUUUAUUAGCCAAUAGGAAUUUUAAAUAAUACGGAACUUGCACAGAAGGCUGCUCACGUGCCUUACUUUUUAAAGGGGUUUAUUGUAUUCAUUUGAAUGUGCAGCAUAAGCAAUAAAGCACAUGUGCCCUUGUC